UAUAUAAGGACCGGUAAAUCGUUACGAUCCACGAGCAAUAGAUUAGGCAGCACAAAGCUCAAACAUUGAAAUCUACUAGACUAUAUUUACAAAAAAAAAUAAAGAGAAUGACCACUACUUCUAAUCUUGUGUCUGUUAAAUGGCUGAAAGAGAUGAUGGUUUCUAGCACUUUAAAGUUUAGAAUUUUAGAUGGAUCUUGGCACCUGCCUAUUUCUGGAAGAAAUGCUGCUUCUGAAUAUAAAGAACAGCACAUUCCUGGAGCUUUGUUCUUUGAUAUUGAUGAGUGUGCAGACAAGUCAAGAAAUUUACCACAUAUGAUUCCUUCACCUGAAUUUAUGGAAGAUUAUGUGGGUGCAUUGGGAAUCACCAAUGAUACCUAUAUCAUAGUUUAUGAUAAUAACCCCCAGUUUCCUCUGUUUUCUGCUCAGCGAGUUUGGUGGAUGUUCAGGUUGUUUGGUCAUACCAAAAUAUCCAUCUUAGCUGGUGGUUUGCCAGAAUGGGUGUCUGCAGAUGGACAAGUAACAAGUGAUGUUAUACAUGUGCCAAGAGAGAAAUUUGUAGCAAAGUUCAAUAAAAAUCUAAUCAAAACAAUGGAUGAAGUAGAAAAAAACAUAGAAAACCCAGAGUUUAUUUUACUAGAUGCCAGACCUGGAGGUCGCUUUAAGGGACAAGCACCAGAGCCACACCCAGAUACCAAGCCAGGAUCUAUAGUUGGGUCGAUCAAUAUCCCUUUCAUGAACACCAUGAAUUUAGAGCAGAGAGUAAUGAAAUCUCCAGAAGAACUCAAACAGUUGUUUGAAGAUGCUGGAGUAGAUCUAACCAAGCCCAUUGUUGCAUCUUGUGGAUCAGGAGUUUCAGCAUGCAUACUAGCUUUAGCUGCAUCAAUUGCAGGCAAAGAUGAUGUUGCAAUAUAUGAUGGGGCUUGGACAGAAUGGUUUCAUUAUGGACCAGCACAAUUCAAAUUAAAUGUUCCAGAGUAGUACAUUGUUUGUGGGCUUUUAUAUACAUUUUUUUUG